AUGUCUGAUCCAGCAUCAUCAAGAAUAUCCAAUCUCCUUAAGACCGAGGAUGAUUUGGCUACGCUUGACAAGUUCAGACAAGAGUUUGUAAAGGAAAAGGAGAACAUAGACAAGCAGUUGUCUGCCAUGACGGAGCUACAGAUAAGCACCAUACAACGAAGCUUCGAGAGACUCAAUGAACUGAUAACCAAGGCAAAUGCCGUCAAGGAGAACUUAGGGUAUUUGAAUCAGACAUUUGAUUCUACUGUCAAGGGGUUACCUCAUUAUGAUAUGAUGCGUCAGAUUACCCAUGCCAAUCAGUACUUGGCUCAGGUGUCCAACAUUAAGGACGACAUUUACUUGUUUAAGCCCAGAAUCAAGGAGUUGGACAUGCUUAUACAAAAGGAGUUCUCGGAGAUGAGCCAGGAUAUAAUGUAUACUGCACCCAACUUACUUCAUAUUCAUUAUUGUUUAACGCAACUACGGAACUUUAUGGACUAUUUGGAGGCGUAUCUGGGUAGGCUUUCGGAUGACUUCAAGUCUAUUUUGGAAAAUAUCAUAUCUCCGGGGAAGAAUGUAAUUCGGACAUUUGAUGACUUGUUGAAUGAGUGCAUCAUCAGUUUGACAGAGGCAGUUAAAGAAGGGAAUGUGGAAAUUGUAUAUAAGGUUAUUUCAUUGAUAGAGUUUGAGUCUCUGGAAGACUUGAAGGUUCUCAUAAGAGAACAACUUAUAGGGAAUGAUGAAUACUCGCAAAGCGAUACGGCCAUCCUGGUUGACUACACCAAAUACCGUUGGAAGAGAAGAAACUACAGGAAGUUCUUUUACGAUAGACUAGAGGCAUCUUUAGCAGAUACUUUUAACAAGUGUGUAGAUCAUUUCCAACUGGACAGAAUGUUGGUUUAUGAAAACUUGAAUUGGCUUGAAGAUGAGUUGGUCUUUGUUCACGAUUCUUUAGCUCCCAUUUUCCCUUCAAGCUGGAACAUUGCUCAAUUCAUUGAAUCAGUGUACUACAAUAAGCUACACCGUUUUACUAUGGAGGUGAUCAAUUCUGAUCCUCCGGCUGAAGAUUUGAUGAAAAUUUUGGCAUAUGAUUCCCAUUACAGUCAGUUUGUUACUGCAAUUCAUGUGGAAAACAAUUCCAAAUCAAAAGACAAGCUAGCUUCUAAUAUUCAAAAGUCAAUUAUUGGCGAAGAUCUAAAGAAUGUGGUUUUGGAAGAUUACUUGAAGGUUAUAGUAGGGAAGAUGACUGAAUGGAACGACAAUUUGAUGAAUCAAGAGACUAUUACCUUUCAACUGAGAGACCAACCACCAGAUUCAUAUUCUUACACCCAAUUUUACGAAGAUGAAGAUGAAAAUGACCAGUUGUUGACUUAUGAACUUGUUGGUGAGGUAUUUGUGCUCCCUGAUUUCAAGGUUCCUUUGACAAUGAUUAAAGAGCAAGCUGACGUGGCCGUUGAGUCAGGUUAUUCCAAAAUCUUGGUUGGUGUAUUAGAGAAUUGGUCAAAAAAUUAUAUUAGACGGACCCAUAACUUCCAACGUGUGGUAGGAGAAGAACUAGAAAAAUAUAUGUCGGUUUACACUAACCAAAAGUACUUACUGAAGGAAAGUAAACUUAAAAGAUGGUUCAAAGUCAAGAAAGAUGAUGGAGGAGAAUUUGAUAUUGAAUUGAUGACUGCAGAAGAAAAGGCAGAAGUCUCAAAACCAGGUAUAAUCGAAUACCUUACUGCCUUAGCAAAUACUUAUGAGAUCAACACUGAUCGUUUGCAAGAUAAAUUUCUUCCUAACUAUUUGGAUAAAGUCCAUUCUUCCUUUCAUACUCGGAUAGAAAAAGCAUUCACAGACACUUUGGGUCCAAGUACGGAUUUAAAUGCUCAAAUUAUCACUUCAAUUGUUACAAUUGUUAUCAAUGAUUUAUAUUCAACGCUUGCCAAUGUAUUCAGUAAAGCCUGGUAUGAGGAAGAUGAAAUUAAUGGUACCACCCUGGCACAUCGGAUUGUGGAGACUUUGACAGAGUACAUGGCUGAGUUAAGGGGUUACGCUAGUUACGAGCUUUAUCUGGUUACAUGGACCAUUUUGUUGGACCAAUUCAUUUCAAGGUACAUUCAGUUUGGAUAUGAAAAUAUAUUGCAUGGAAAUGGGAAAAAGAUUGACCCGCAGGCAACAAAGAAAUACAAAUCUUUCAGUGUGGCAGUUACAAGAGAUGUAACUAUACUUUUUGUUGAAUUAGAGCACCUAUUCACCAGAAAAGACAAGGCUUAUUUGUUGAGUAGUUUGAGAGCCAUUGAGUUUUUGGGAGAUCUAGGAACUUGUGAAGCUCCACUGAUUACCAUUCCACAAAUCUGGGAGAAUGAAGUGUUACCAGCUUUCCAUAAUUGUUCCAUUGAAUAUAUCCGAGGUGUGUGCAUGUGCAGAAAAGAUAUGGAUAAAACACAAGUUGCACUGUUAAUUACCCAUUUGGAAAGAAUUCAAGAACGUUUCAAUCAAGAUGUGGAACCUUUGGAAAUACCCACAAUGACAUUGAAUGAAUUCUCCUUCAGUUAA